ACCAGAUUGUUCAGAAAUUUUUUAAAAAGAAACCUUUGUGGUUAAAAGAUGUGCCAUGGAAUGGUACCAUCAAAGAGCAUCACAGGAUCAUCUCUUCCUUUGACUGGCCAUGGGUUAUUUCGUCUGCUAGUUAUCUUUGGUUCCUUUAUCUUGGAAGCACAAUCCACAGGUUGGCUAAGCAAAUCCAAAGGACCUGCAUAUUGUCCCCAGCCACCACAACCUGAGAAUGGAGGCUAUAAAUGCCACCCUAGCCCCUGCAACAACCCUCUGAUUUCAGGCAGUGUCAUAGAGUAUCUGUGUGUUGAAGGCUACAUGCUGAAAGGAGAUUAUAAAUACUUGACCUGCAAGAAUGGAGAGUGGAACCCAGCCAUGGAAGUCAGCUGCAGGCUCAGCCCUGAAAAGGACUCUCCUCCAACAAUUGGAGUGCCCACGCUGUCCAUAGUAGCCUCCACGGCAAGCUCUGUCGCCCUGAUUCUGCUGUUAGUUGUGCUGUUUGUUUUGCUGCAGCCAAAGCUGAAGUCAUUCCAUCAUAGCAGGCGAGACCAAGGUGUGUCUGGAGAUCAGGUCUCUAUUAUGGUGGAUGGUGUCCAAGUAGCCUUGCCAUCCUAUGAAGAAGCAGUAUAUGGCAGCACAGGGAAUUGCAUUCCACCCUCAGACUCCCGAGUGCAGAUCGUGCUCUCAGAGGGAGCUGGACAGAAUGGACCCGGAGAGAUGCAACAGCCGGACCAAGGGGCUCACAAUACCUUUGAAAGAGAAGAUGAAGCCCCUGGACAUUCUGGACUGUGUGAAGCCAGUGGUUCUCAGCGCUCUGAAACUGUUCUUGUGCAUCAGGCUGCUACCUCUUCCUGGGUAGCUGGCAUGGCUAGCAGUAGACCUGUACACAAAGAGGUCCAAGAUUCAGAAAGCAGUGACAUUCAGAGCCUUUUAUCACUCACUUCCUCUGAGGAAUACACAGAUGAUAUUCCCUUACUGAAGGAAGCAUGAGGUCUGCUGUGUUUGUCUAGUCUUCUCCGUCUUGGAUUUCUUCCUCCUUCCCUCUCCCUGCCUUUGGGACAGAAGCACUCUGUGCAGUCUUCCCCAUCCUCGCAAGCUGUACCCUGGAUACCUCCAAGAAGAGAUGCCCUCAGCUGAAGAUCCAAAGGAUGUUGCCAGGUUGCCUCCUGGAUGCACCAGUAGAGUUGGUGCAGCGCUGGCUUCCCCAUUCCAUCAGCAUCAGGGGCUCAAGGAACAGAGUGGAUUUGAGCUCUCCUCUCCUCUUCCCCAGCCAGAUGUUUGACAGCAGUCUCUGAAGAGCUGCUCUUUCUUGUGCCUUUCUCCUCCUCACACUGGCUUGUUGCAGCUUAUCAGCCUUUCUAGCCCUUGUGCUGCCCAGAGAGCAGGGGCUAAACCCGCUUGCUCACUGGGUGCAGACACAGUUUAAAUAUACAUACAUAUAUGUUAUAUAGGCUCUUCUUCCAGCAUCCUCUUUGUGAUAGUGCAGGACAAAACGUCUCACUGGGACUGAGAUUGGGCUUAGGAGGGGUCACAGUUAAGGGGCAGUUUGUGAUGUCUAGAGGCGCCUCAGAUGAGAUGGGCUGUGUGACAGCUGAGCCGUGCAGGAGCUGUUCACUGAGAACUGCUUAAGCACUAUAAAGACUGAGAAGUCCAACAUGUAGGAAUGCCUUCUCUCCCAUCUCUGCAGGAGUCCAUUCCUGAAAAUCACUUUUGUCUCCUCCUUCUUCCUCUACCAGUGCAGCCCACUGGAAGAUGUUCAGGUGUUUGAAAAUACCAAGACAAAAAAAUGCCUGUAGAUAGUGAAUUCCUAGUGCCAUUGGUGCAAUCCCAAAUUCCUUUUCCAGACACAGUAGGUACUUGAAUCCUGGGUAGCUGCCAUCUCAUAGGCUGGUGUGUCUUCCUAGCUUCAUACAGCAAAGGGUCUGCUGUUUUAACCUGGUGGGUUCCAGUGGGUCCAUAGAGAAGGGCUCCUCCCUUGUGGCUAGGGAUAGGCAGCAUUUGUAAAGGUUCUAAACACAGUGCCAGCCUAUUGCUGUGAGGGAAAGGUGAGUACACUGACAGCAGUGCUAGAGGACACCACAGCUCAGUCCUGAAGUUUUGAGGAUUGUUUCAAGUUCUGGUAGUAGGGAAGAGAAAGCUCAGAAAUGUGUACCUCUGCCUGCCACAGUUACCUACAGCAGGUCGGACUGUCUGUGUUGGGACUCUGUAACUGCAGAAAGCCACAUUUGUCUGGGAUAGCUGGUCCAGUCCAAGUGCUGUGGUGGUUGUGAGGUUCCUCACUGAAGUCUGGACACUGUUCCAUGGGAUUGGUUUCAGCAAGAAGAGUUGGCUUCUUAGCUGCAUGUAACUUGUCAUAACUGUCUUGAAGUAACCAGGGAAGUGUUUGCCCUGUGAGAAGCUGCUACAUUUUUGAGUUGAAGGAGCAAAAUGUCAUGGCCUUACACAUCAUGUGGUAAUGUACAGGUAAACAGGGAUGCUGUCUUUGCUGCUUUGCUUUUGGUUUACAAUACUCACCAUCCUCAUCCUUAUUGCUAUAGUAAAACAACAUUACAGCGCUUGACAAAAAUUAUACAACAUCUUUACCUAUAAAAUAACUGUGGCUUAGUUCCAGUUCUUUGAAAUGGGGAUUGGCCAUAGUGUCCAGCUGUGUAUUUGCUGUUCCUUUUCCUGAAUAGCUGUUAAAUCCCAGGACACACGAAGCAGUGUGUUCCUGUAGAUGGAAGAAUCCCCCCUUUCCUUGUUAAAGAGGGGUGUUAAUUUAAAAUUACAGUGUUUUAAACAUCCUUCCCUGUUGCUCACGUUACCUUGCAUUAACACAAGAAUUUGAUAUAUCCCAUUGGGGUGGUUUAGGUAUUUUUUGUUCAGUUAGGAUGGUGAAAAUCCUGUGUCAUUUUACAGUGGGCUGUGGUGUCUCAGCUUCAAGUGUUGUAGAGGACAAAUGUUGUUUACACAUCUUCCAUUGGAAUUUUUAAAAAUAAGCACGGGGACAAUUGUAUUUAGCUCUUUGAUUGUUGGAAAUGGUCUAAGCUUGAGUAAAUUCUCCAUAUUGGUUUAUUGGAGGAGUUGAGCAAGUUUAGUGGUAAGGGAGUGUGGAGGAAAAGUCUGAGUGACUUCCCUGCUGCCUAACCAGCUUGGAGCAGGAGUUGCUUUUUGUGCAUUUAAGGUCCUGUCUGCUCAAACUAACACUCGGCAAUUCAAGGUAUAGAAGUUGGGAAUGUGUUGCCUUCCUGAAAGGGACAGUGCUGGUGCCAGGUUGGUGGGAGAAGCUGGAAGCUGAUCCCAAGACCGGACCUUGCUCUGAACAAGUACCUGUACCAUCAGCAGAAAACACAUCCUCUGUGGCCUGGCCUCCUCUCUGCUGCUAUAAAACAAGCCACUGCCAGCUUGGGAGAGAAAUUUCAGUUUGGGUGGGGAAGGAAAGGAAGCAAGCUUUUCAAAAAGGGAGAAAUUUAAUUCUUUAAUUUCACAGAAUCACACAGAAUUAACUAAGUUUGAAAAAACCUUUAAGACCAUCAAGUCCAACCUAUGGCCGAACUCCAUUUUGUUAACUAGACCAUGGCACUGAGUGCCACUUCCAGGGAUAGUGACUCUACCACCUCCCUGGGCAACCCAUUCCAAUGCCCAGUUACCCUUUAUGUGAAGAAUUUCUUCCUAAUGUCCAACUUAAACUUCCUGAUGUUGCUGGUUACCUGGGAUCAGAGACUGACCCCCACCUGGCUACACCCUCCUUUCAGGGAGUUGUGGAGAGUGAUAAGGUUUCCCCUGAACCUCCUCUUUUCCUGGCUGAAUAACCCCAGCUCCUUCAGCCUCCGCAUACCAUUUGUGCUCCAGACCUUUCACCAGCCUUGUUGCCCUUGUCUGGAUGCAUUUGAGCAUCUCAAUGUCCCUCCUAAACUGGGGGUUCCAAAACAGGACACAGCACUCAAGGUGGGGCCUCACCAGUGCCAAGUACAGGGGGACAAUCACUGCCUUGGUCCUGCUGGUCAUACUGCUCCUGGUACAGGCCAGGAUGCCAUUGACCUUCUUGGCCACCUGGGCACACUGCUGGCUACAUGUUCAGUCUACCAUCAGUCACUAAACCCAGGUCCUUUUCUGCCUGGCUGCUGUCCAGCAACUAUUCCCCCAGCCUGUAGCACUGCAGGGGGGGAUUGUGGCCAAAGUGCAGGACCUGGCACUUGGUUUUGUUAAACCUUGUAUCAUUGGAUUCUAUAAAAAAUGUUGGAAACGGCUUUACUAACAAGUGGGGGAAAUGCGGAGGUGGAGGAGGGAAAUAUGCAAGUGUAGCUGUUGUGAUCAAACAUAAACAGGCAGCUUCUGUUGGCUUGUUGAGAGUAAGCCAGCAGCUUCCAGACCAGUCUCUGGUAAUCCCACCUGAUGAUUCCAGAUUCUGUUGAAGAGCUCUAUUCCCUGCAGCAAAUCUUGUGGGAACAGGUCCCAAGGAUCUUUGUGAGCCAGAAUCUGGAACGCAGUUUGGAGGCAUCACACUGCUCAUCUACAUCCUCAGCUUUAGUUUUCAUACAAAAUGAGGUAAAACAACAGGGGAGGAACCCAAAAGAUGUCUGACAACUUUUUCAAGGGGGACGGAGAGCAAGGCCUCACUUUGCUGGUUAUCAAAUGAUUAUUAUUCAUUUGUGUUUGUUUUAAUUCUGUAGAGGCUGAAGGACUGAGAAGUCUUUGGGUAGAGAUACAGGCAAACCUGCUUUGCUCAGCCUUAUCUUUACUUAUGGGAGCAAAGCCUGAAGCCUAAAGAUCACUCAGAUGUGAGCUGCGUUCUGCCUCAGGAGUGUUCAUUACCUCUGAGCUGAGAGUGUUAUCACUGCAUUUUGCCAUAGGUAGAUGCAGCCUGGAUCUCAGUGUUGUGGAUGGGAAGCACAGAGGCUCAGCCUUGCAAUAUGUAAUACAGUAAAUGGGUUUUUUCCCUUUUUUUUGCCCCUGAUGGGGCCACAGUCUCCAUACCUUUUCUCCCCUGCCUAUGUCUGGCAAAAGAUUUGAAGGGCAGGUAUUCUUUCUUAUUUAACACUCUCAACAUAAUCAUCUUAUGCUCUGUCAUACAUGCUGGAUUCUGUGAGAUUCAAAAACAUUAAAAUUAUUUAAUUAUAUGGAGAAAAAUAAAAAUAGCACUUAUUUAAAAGCUUUCCAUUCUUCUUGGAAUCUGAUAGUUGGGGGAAAAAGGGCAUUUCAGAAAUUCAGGAUAUUAUGUGCAAUAGAAAAGCUUUGUUGCUCCUUUCCGGUUCUAUAGUUAAAAAAAAAUGCAACUUAUUGCAGUGUUUACAGUCCAAGCACUGUAGAACUGGACCAGCCUGAGAGAACCAGGACAUGAAGUUGGCAGUGACCCAUGGGGAAGCAGGCCAGUCUCUCAUCAGGGUCUGCAUCGUGAAGCUCACCUCAAACGAUGAGCCAGCUUGGACUGUUGUCAAAGUCUCCUGUGGCCUUGAAAGGUGUCAGCAGCACUGCUGAGAGAAGGGUUUGUGUGUUCCAGUUUAAAUUGCUUGUCUCCCCAUCAUUAACGGCAGAAGAUGUAAAAAUUAAGUCAGGAGAGAUGUGCUGAAGCAUGUGAGUCUCUGGAGUUGUUGCCGAGUUAAAACAUCACGAGUUUGGGAGGGAGAAGAGCUUUAUGCAUUUUUAUCCUUAACCACCAGUGAAGUUGCUGAGUAGCAGAAUGUGUACUCAGCAAGCAGAGUGGUUUUUACCCCUUGGACAUCUCUGCUGAGGUUUCUCUUUGGCCUUUCAGCUUUGGUGUGUUGAAUUGUUCACUGCAUCUGCAAUCUUAAUUUGGCCUUUCAGUGUGUGGAGAACUCAGGUAUGUUAGGAAGAAAUCUGUUCCACAUGCUUUGGGAAGAAACGUCCUAAGAUGCUCCCAGAGGUGGAUGACUUGGGUCAAUACUGAAGAGUGGGGCUAAGAGAACAACUGGCUCAGCCAUUGAAAAUAAUCUUGGAUGGUUAAGUUGUUUGCAGUACAGAAAAAGGAACACAAGGAGUUGUCUAAGGAAGAGCUGAAAACAGAGGUUUACUGCAGGCUAAUGAGCUAAUGCAAUCAUGACUAGGUUGUAAGGAAGCUUGUGCUUUGUUAGAUGAUUUAGCAUACACCAGCAGGCUUGCUGUAUAAAAAAAAAAUGUACAACUGGUUGGACAUACUGAGCUGUCCUUACUGACCUUUUUAGAACAUACUUGCAAAAAAUGUGGUUUUACUGUUCUGACAGCAGUUUAAAUGAAAAAUCUGCCUUGUUACUCUAUCCAGAUAACUAUUUAAAUAAAUUUCACUUUGGUUUUUUGUAUAUAAAUGCAAUAAAUCCCAUUCAUUUUGCACAUCCUGCCUCACCCCAUCACCCUUCAGUCCUUACCAGGGCACAGCAGAUUGAAUUUGCUCUAUGUGAAAACCUUAUCUUGCAGAACUUCAUUAGAAAGCAGUUUUUCUCUGCUAUAGGCUUUGAAAGUGCAAAGAGGUUUCCUAGAGCAUGCUUCAUUUUAAGUUGUAUUUUUAUAUAAGAAGUAAGCCUUUUUCCAGUCCUAGCACACCAGGACAGACCACACCAUUUCCCACAUUUCAGGGCCGUGUGUUCAGCACUGCUUUCAAACUCAGCCCUCUGCAGGUGAUGUUCAGAUCUGUGUACCCACCAGAACAUGCUGUAUUGAUGCUCUGCAUAUGCUUUCCAUAAGCUAUGCUUUUGCUUCUGUCCUUAAGUGAGAACAGACGGAAGCAACUGAGUUGUGCUGGAAAAUGUUUUAGCUCAGAUUCUCAAAGUUGCUUCCUUCCAAAAGAAAACAAAGUGAAGUUGUCUGUGAAGCAGAAGUCCUAUGAUGUGGUGGGUAGACUGCUGGUAGUUGUUGAUAAAAGUGCAAGGGGAGCUUGAUUGCCUUUCUGCAUUAAUCUUUUCUUUCCUGUAUGUGUUUUCUUUUUAUCUGAAUUGCACCACUAUGGAAUUAUUUGCAGAAUGGUACUCCAUAUAUAGGUGGGAUUUAAAACGUAACUGAUACUGUGCAGGAUGUCACUCAAUUGGUUUUAUUUUGCUUUAUUUUAUAUGUAUUUUCUGGUAUCCUGUACAUUGCAGUGGGUGUGAAGAUAGUAUUUUAAUAUUUGUACAAAGUUUAAUUUAAUUGUUCUAUGUAUAUAACUGCAUUUCUAAAUUAAAAAAAUUCUUUUGAAGUGAAGCUAUGAUUUCCUGUGUUUAUUUUUUUUCUGGGAGGUUUAUAUUUGUUUUGGUUUGGUUUUUUUUUUUUUGUUUUGUUUGUUUUGUUUUUUUUAACGGCUUAGACCUUGUGGCCUGGAAACCUAGCGGAUCAUUAAUGAAUAUGUUGCAGUUGUGAAAACCAGGAUGAAGCUAAGCCUAGGGAAGCUCAAAUGGCUUGGGGAAGAGACGUUCAGAGUUGGUGCAGCCCUAGAAGGAUCAUGUUUCCAAGUUCAGAAGCAAAGGCUGCCCUCCGUGUGCUUGCAUAGAAUUCCUUGAGGAAUGAGGCCAGGCUGGGCAGGGGGAAAAGGUUUAAAGAGACCAUGUGUGGUAUGAGUGGGUUUCAGGGAGGAAGACAGGGUAAAUAAUAAAUGGCUCAUUACUCUGAGUCUGUGUAAGAACAGUAUGUAUAGAAAGAGAGUGUGCUAUUUUUAGAGAGGAGCUAGCUUUCACUGGUGAAAUGAUAAUCCCAGGUGGGUAGCAGGAUAGUACAGGAGACAUUAGAGAGAUCUACAGAUAGGUGGGUUAGUGCAUCUGUGAGUGCAGAGGGGAGGCUGGGGCAGGCUCUGCUCUUCCCUCUUCCAUAGUUGUGCUGCAUUGGGAGGGUGGGAGAAGCAGAAGCUGCAGAGGAGCAGACAACCAUUGUUCUUUCAGUGUGAUGUACAGUCCAUUACUAUUUUUAAUGUUCAUUUUGCUUCAAAAACUAAGGUAACUGCCUUUUCAGGCAAGUGUACUAAUGAACGUUCCUUUCUUUUAACAGAAUCUAUCAGUAAUGUAAUAGGGAAGGGAAGGAGGUAGGAGGUCCUUUUGUCCAGCUUGUUCAAAACAGUCCUCAAAGAUAUUAAGAUUUUUGUGUAAUUAUAGACAUGACUUUUAUUCUUUGGGAAAGAACAGCCAGGUUAAAGAGAAGGGAAGGGGUGACGUCUGCCUUCCUCCUAUUUCCAUUUGUUCCAAAAAUUAUUCCCACACAGCAAGCAGAUUUUACUGUAAUUUUACUACUGUGAAACUGGAGCUCCCUGGCCAGUGCAUACCUUCCCGUACCAGACAGUUGGCACGUGGGAGUCACUGGCCUCCAGGAUUUGUUUUCAAUUAUUGUUUUUCACUGGGCGAUGGUCUCCUGCCACAGCAAUUCUGGCAGCCAGGAAUGUGCCCUUCUUGACACAUUGGAAAUGAUUUGUUACCUCUGGUUUGUACCAGCAAUGAGAAAUGACUGUAGGAGGCAAGCCUGAGGGAAGGCAGCCUGAGGUGGGUGGUUUGGGCAAUCUAACUUGGGAGCUGGCCCUUUGGUGGAGGAGCAAAAAGGCCAGGGCACACAGGAACAUCUCUGCUUCCAGAAAAGGAGCCUCGCCACAAAGACCGACCCGGUCACAAAGCCUGAGAAAGUCGCUCAGGAAAGGGGAUAGAUGGGCUACUGCCCUCGCAGGCGUCCUGCCAGCCGGCGCACUGCACUGCUGGGCUCGCAGACGGGAUGUUCCGUACACGUGGAUUGUCCGGGCACACAGAACGUGAGCGCACAGCCCCGCAGCAGCCGCGUGCCGUGACCCCGCACCGGACGGAGCGCCUCGGUCCCGGCUCUUCGCGGAGCGCCGCAGCGCCACCGUCGCAGAGCUUUGCCCUCAGGUACUGUAGCCCUGCCCCGGCUGGGGCACUCCCCUGCGCUAAGAGCUCCCCCAGCCGCUGGCUCAUUUUUAAGAGUGUCGUGAAAAUGCGGAUUCCCCCUCCCGAAAGCAGAAUGCCAGCAGGCUACGUGUCAACCCGUGCUUCACAAAGCGUUAGCACACUCCUCACCUGCCAGGGCCAUGCAGAGAACCCCCUCACCGUUCUGUCACCGGAGAGAGAGCAGAGGCUGGCCAGGACACACUGCCAGACCCCAUUCCUUAUCGGUUGUGGUGCUUGGCAAAACUGAAUGGUCUCCCUUGGCGCUAAGCUGGGGUGCAGGGGGAGGGAUGGGAAAGCCCACACAAUGGACUUCCCAAUUCUCUCUGUUCCCUUUUGCAGGACAAUUAUGUUUAUCAGCAAAUUCUUCACCUUAACCUUCUGUGAGACACACCAGAGCUGAGCAGCCCUGAGGGUAUCUUGGCAUAAGGCAAUUGUUCUUUGACAGCUCCUUGUCAUGUGGCCCAUGCUAAGUCCAUGGUGCGUCUGUGUGACAUCGCUCAGGUUUUCAUGUUACAUCAAAACCAGGAAGAAACAGAGGAAAGAACAGAAUCUGAGGCAAGAGGGCACGGACCAGCUCCAGUAUUCAAGGCACAAACACCCUUGGCUUCUGGUCUGGACAUGUCCCUCUGAUCUGGCAGCUCUUUUAGUGGUUGGUAUUUGAGAUGACACAGUUUAACAUCUCUGUGUGGCAUGCAGAGUUUAUCUUCCAGGGCCAUGUAUGCCAAUGAGGCUGAGGAACCCACUUCAUGGGACAGACAUGCUCUCCCUUCUUCCCACAUGUGCCAAACCACAGCAGCCAAGCAUCUCUGGGCGCAGAGCUGAUGCUCUCAGGGAAGGAGCGGGAAGCUGUUGUGGGCUGGAGCAUUCUCUGGAUACCAGAGAGCACCGGGGAGACCUGUCCCAUUCAUGGGGUUCAGUGCCAGUGGAGAUGAGAGGACAGGAGGGAGAGCUGGCAGUGGUAGUGCACAACCUUCCUGACAGCUCAGUGGCAGCUGGGGGUGCUGUUGGCUGGACUGGCAGAGCUGCCAGCUGCUUUGCUGGAUUUGCUUCUGCCCUGCCUCUGCCCAUCAGGCAGAUCCUACACUAAAAAGGGCUAACAUGUUACCCAUAAUUAGAAGGUAUAUAAUGCUAAUCUUUAAACCCACAUUUAAAGUCUCUUCAUGUUGAGAAGAUCAGGAGCCAGAUUUGGGAGUAGCAGAGUUUCCCUAGGGAGCCAGCUCCUGGAUGGGAGCCAGAAGUGGAAGUCUGCUACCCAAGGGUGCAGAUAUGCUGGGUUUUCCAUUUGGUGCUCUUCUCCCUGGGUGCUGCAGGGCAGUAUAGGGCUUGCUGUGGGUGACAGGACUCCAAACUUGCACAAACAACUUUGCUCCAUUUCCAUGAGCCGC